GAGAGGCGUCUGCACGCGAUAAGAAGUACUUCGUGCGCCACUGAGUCCAAGUUAAGUCAAACUGAUCGCUAGAGAGAGUCGUGACGAUCAACUGGGAUGACUCAAGCUCACGCGCUGGAGAGCGCCACAAACAGAGUUAUGCAAAAUAAUUUGCGACAAGCUCGCGCAAAGCUGCGGGUACAACAAUAAGCGAGUAUAAAACCAACGUGCGGCAGGUCGAAGCAUCACAGUCGUUAUACAGCAGAGAUCAGACCAAAUCAGCGGAAACGCAGAAGAAAGUAACAUUUUCAAAGUGAAAUAAUACGCAUUAAAAGCGCCCACCGAGUAUAUUGAAAUCGUUUCGUAGUCGUAGACAGUGAUAUAUUAUAAAUUACGUGAAAUUAAAUUUCACUUAAAGUUAAACACAAAUUAAAAGAAAAGAAAAAUGCAGACCAUCAACAGCAAACAGAUCAUCACUUUCACCAUUGCCACAUUGCUGCUGUUGCAAAUGGCCGCGUCGCAGCGUCCCUCCUUUGCGGGCAUUCGCCCACCGGGUCUCAAUCAAAAGGACAAAUACAACAUGAACAAUAACGUGAACAACAACAGCAACACCGAUAUUGUCAAUCGCUUCGGUGCACCCGAGCAGCCUGCACUGCCUUUUGGUGCCGCACAAAAACCGCCAGCGAACUUCAUACCCGUGGUCUUCCCCGAGUCCAACUAUCUACCAUUGGCCACGCCGACCGCACGACCCGUAGCCGAUGGCAUUGCGAACCGUUUUGGCAGCGACGAUGACAUUGUGCAACAAAAUGUAAACACAAUUGGGAGCGCUGGCGCUGCUGGCAGACCCGCCUCGUCUGGCGCCGCUGCCGGUGGUGUUGCGCCCGUCCGCCUGCCCAUCGACGCAAAAGACGACAGGGAGCUGGUGUCCAUACUCAGUCGCCUGCCAGAGGAUCAGCGGCCCUUCUGGUUCCUCAAUGCCGCGGCGAUCGAAGCGCAGAGAAACGGUUCAUUUUCGAACUUCGGCGGUGCCAUCGAUAGCCGUGGCAGCUUCUUCGGCUAAAGUGAAAGCCACCACUUACACACACACACACACACACACUGGAUUUCCUCUCAUGCGCCUUCCUAACCAUUGUAGAGUUUAAGCUUUUUAGUAUUUAUUAUAUGUGUUUUAUAUAUAUUUUUCUUCAAAUGUAUCCAUUGUCCAUAACGAAACCCCGUUGUACCCCGUACAGCGGAAAUGUUAUUCUUAUGUUAAGUAACCAUUGGCCAGAGUAUAAUGGGCAUAUAUUUAUAUAUCGAAACGAAUGUACAUAUGUAUUAUGCAGUAGCACAAAUUAUUUGCCAAAGCAAUUGUUUCCGAACGAGCCAUUGUAUGCUUUGUUCGGAACGCAAAAUUUCAUGUCACAAAAAAGUGCCAAAGCAAUCGCACAAAAGAGCACAAGAAAAAACUGUUGUGAAUAACAAUAAAAAUAACCCACAAAGUGGAAUUUGCAAACACAAGUCAACACCGAA